AAAAUGGCCACUGAACAGCUAGAAGUUGACCGCUCAGCCCCGUAGCUUCCAGUAUUUACAAGAUGUUGUUGGACGCAGUUUUUUAAAUCAACAUAGGGAAGGAAAUCGCUUUGUGUGCUUUCACAGCAGCAGGAUGGCUGAAUAUCCGUCAUUCCAGCACAGCAAGUCUCGUUUCGACCAGAGCACAUUUCUUGGUCGGUUCAGGCACUUCCUGGAUGUGAUUGACCCAAGCACACUCUUCGUGACGGAGAAACGGCUGCAGGAGUGCGUGGAGCUGCUAGACCGUUUCAAACGUGGAAGUCUGCCUCCAGGAGUGACUGAUGCUCAGCUUUGGCAAGCUCAAAAAAUAAAGCAGGCCAUCAUCCACCCUGACACGGGGGAGAAGAUCUUCAUGCCCUUUCGGAUGUCAGGUUUUAUCCCAUUUGGCACACCAGUGGUCGUUGGCCUCCUUCUCCCAAAUCAAACAUUGGUAUCAACUAUCUUCUGGCAGUGGUUAAACCAGAGUCACAAUGCCUGUGUUAACUACUGCAACCGCAACGCCUCCAAGCCUGCUCCAGUUUCCAAAUUCAUUCAGGGAUACCUCGGAGCAGUGACCAGCGCAGUCUCCAUUGCUGUCGGAUUGAAUGUGUUAAUCCAGAAAGCCAGCCACUUCAGCCCAACUACCAGGCUUUUGGUGCAGAGGUUCAUCCCCUUCCCAGCAGUGGCGAGUGCGAACGUCUGCAACGUGGUACUGAUGAGACAUUCUGAGCUGUCGGAGGGCAUCAGUGUGCUCGACGGCAACGGGAACGUGGUGGGAACAUCAAAAGUUGCUGCCAGGCAUGCACUUUUAGAAACCUCUCUGACCAGAGUGGUCCUGCCUAUGCCAAUUCUGGUGCUCCCUCCCAUGAUCAUGGCUGUGCUGGAAAAGCUCCCCCUCCUGCAGAGACAGCGGAGGCUCAUCCUGCCCGUCCACAGUCUGGUGUGCCUUGCUGCCUUCAGCCUGGCUCUGCCUCUCGCCAUCAGUCUCUUCCCACAGAUGUCCCAGAGGUUCCACACAAUUAUUGCAGGCCCCCCGUCUGCUGGAAUUCAGAGAAAAUACCGACCGAUAGGUAACACACCUGACACCUGUGCUGCAACAUUCCUGACACCUCAGUAUCCAUCAGUGGUUCCCAACAUAAGAAAACCCUGUGAAGGGGUUUUUGACCGGUCAUGAAACAUAUUUAUGCAAUGAAAAUGUUUCCUAAUUCUCUAAUUUUCUCUGUUUUAAAGCAUAAAACAAAUGAAAAUUGAAAAUCCACUUUGGUUAACACUGCAGCAGCAUGUUUUACAAUGAUUUGCAUAUGCACCUUCAGCUGUAGAGGAGUGCUGUAAUAACUGGUAUAAAGGAAAACCUACAGACUCUCAAGCCUGGUUGACAAGAUGAUGAAGUGAGCACCUGAACUACACAACAACAUUACAUUUCUCAUCAGAGAAAUAGCUUUUUGUUUUUAUUUCUAAAACAUCUUUUUGUAAUUACACAUUCUUCUUCAAAAGUAUGUUCUCAUAUAUGUUUUAUGCUACACACAGCACUUAAUGUAAUCUGCAGACAUUCAACAAAUGGAGAUGUCAUCCAUCACCCCUCACCCAGAAAUGUUGCAUGGCAGAAGAAGCACAAAGCUGUGAACUUGCUUUUUUAUGUGGCACAACUCGCCCCUAACACCAGAGGUCUCUGCAUCUUCUCAGCUGUCCCAGAGUCAUGCACAGCUGGCCAUGAAUCGUCUCUCUGUAGAAUCUUCAUUGGGAAGCGUAACGGAGCACUGGUAUGGCUCUCAAGUCGCCAGGGAAAAUAAAAUCAUGCAGCGAGUGACAAAAGUGGAUCUUCUUUGACACAUGGUUAAUUUCCUGCUUUGUUCUUUUGGCCAGUCACCAGCCUGUUCACCGGCUUACUGGGUGGAUUAAAAGUGUGCGACAACAUGUUCUUGUCAUUGAGGAGAAAUUUAAAUUAACAUGGUACACAGGUGGUGGAGUGGGUGGGGUGAGCAAUGAGGUGUUAAUGAUCUAAGCAGGUGGUAAAAACAGCUUUAAUGAAACAAAUAGCUUCUUUCAAAAGCAACCCUUUAUAAGCAGCCUAUGUACAAUUUAAAAUAAAAAAACAAACACUAUGAUAGAGGUUGAUGUUGUUUCUCUUCAUCUUUGGUUGUCACACACCAAAGAUCAUUAAAUAAUGGUCAUUGAGUAUAGCACCUCGAUGACAAGAUGUGUGGUGAUCACAUAUUUAGUCCUUUUGUCUUCCUCUAAUGUGUCUAAUUAUACGUAAUAAUUUUACAUAAUAAAUAGUGUUGGUCCUCUGAUGCGUCAGAAGGGGACGCAGGGUUUGGGGCAGCAUUGUCGGAAGUUUGGACGACGGUUUUAGUCCUCUGAGGUCACGUCUAUGUCCUCAGAGCUGGCCUGCUUGGUGGCAAUGCGCCAUCUGUUGAUGUGGUGAUUUCCCUUCUUCUUCUGCUGGUUGUCUGGUCCCUCCUCCUCCAGCUUCUGUCGCUUGUACUUGGUCCGCCUGUUCUGAAACCACACCUUUACCUGGAUAGGAGAAUAAACAGCUUAAAAGAUGAUGAUG